AUGAGAGCCCCGCCUUCCCGACCACCAUCUCCUGCCCCCCAUUUUUUCCCUCCGUGUCCCGUGUUUGCUGCGCUUGACGGCACACUCGACUGGGUACUCCACAACGCACUAGACAUCGAACCCCACAAGACCUCACACUGGGCUGAAAUUUGCCGGCAACGAGAACAACUUGAAUACCCUCCGACCCCAUCCAUUGCCUUAAUUAUCUCUCUGGACCUCCGUGUUUAACCCCCCAAACUCCCGCAGCGCUACCUCUACUCUCUUUUAUAUCUUACUGCCAUGCUCUCUUCCGACGAAUACGUCACGCUGAGAUCCCGACGACGCGACCAGAACGGCUCCCCUGCUCGUCGACCCGUGACGGAGUACCAGACGCCGCCAAAGUUUUCUGUGAGGCCUUCAAAACACCAGUCCCCAAUGUUGAACACUUCGCCGCUGAAGCAGCGCUCCAUGCCAGUCGAUUCAAUGGACGAAGACGACGUGUUCUCGUCGCCUAUGCAGCCUUAUAGGCUCGUUGUGGACAAGGACACCAGCCCAGUGCGGCCGCCCGCCAGUUCAUUCGAUACAGACGACGACGACGCGCUCUUUCUUGCCCCACAUUCUCCAUCCAACACACGCUCGCUCUUUCCGCCGUCGUCUUCGCCUAUGCCGCUCCGAACGCCCGUGAAGCAGACGUCGAACGUCUUCGAAACGCCCUCUCGCCCUGUGUUCUCUGCCGCCCCCACAAAUUCGCCGUUCACAGUUGUUCCUGCAACAGCAAAUAGUACCAAGCGCACACCGACUCCCGUCAUGUUUUCCACUCCCGACCGCCGAUGUCUGCUCACUCCCUUGCGUGUUACCAGCUCCGCCUCGGACCUCAAUGACGGCGAGCCAUUUGGCUUCGAGCGCCUUGCGCCGCUGCCUGCGCCGAGCUUCGCUACGACGACUCCCGUCGCCAAGACGGACUCCGAUGCACACCUCAAGCGUCAGUCUGAUUCUAUGCGCCGCCUUAAGAUCCAAGACCGUGAUCGGUCCGGGGACGAGAGCGGGUAUGACUCUACGGCGGGGACCAAGAGGGAACGUGAAAGUGGAAAGAAGCAGCCCACUGCUCCACCGAGCACAGUGAAGCCGAAGACCAAGAAGUCGCCAGGACUGGCCCUCUUGAUUGGCAAGGGAAAUGAAGACGAAGUUAUUGAGGCGAUGUCACCCGGUGGGCAUGUCAACAAGCGUCGCGCUCGGCAACGGCACAUGUCUGCUGAGCUUCUGGCUGCCACGCCUGCUCCAAGAAGCAACGAGAACAAGGGCUUCCCGACUCCCAUUCUAGAUGCGGGAAGAGCGCCGGAAACAAUUGCGUUUCCAUCCCUCUCGUCCUUGCGGAGUCGCUGCAACUCUGCAUCCUCAACAAGCUCUAUCGAACCAGGGUCGCCUAAGCUACGCACUCGUCGCCCUUCGAGCUCUGCCGCACGUACCCGUUUACCGCCGAAACACACCCCUUUGGACCGACUAAGCAGUAUAAGCUCGGCAUCGCUAUUUUUUGGCCCGUCCAUUCCCCAGCCAGAAACCCGGCAGAAGAAGGGCAGCGAUGCUAUGAGUAUCGACGCGCCGCCGGGUCUUGGUGGCAAGCCGCGGGCCCGCCACAGCUUCGCUGGCAACUCGUCUCCAUCGCGCGAUGACAUGGAUGAAGAAGAGCUGUUCUUCAGUAGCCCUGGCCGUCCGUCGUCGCUCUUCGCCUUCGCCGAGGAGCAUGGUAGUCCCACCAAAAGAACGCGCACCUCAUCUCUUGAGAAACUGCAGAAGAAGUUCCGUCCUCGUGACUCGGGGAUCGUUGUUGAUGACAGUGAGGACGAAUUCCAGUCGUCGAGUCUGAGCACUAGUGGCGGCCUGCUCCUGACCAUGCCGGGCCCUCGUGCAUCUGGUUCGCUGAGUUCGAUUCAGUCGGAGAGCGAUGGUGAAGCCCUGGUCACCCCCGGUAUCGCUCCUGGCCCAGGGUCCGGCUGGCCUGGUGUAGGCAUCGUCAACGAUGACUCAUUCGAAUACGACGCGUCGGACGCCAAUGAUGGUGCUGACGCGUUCAUUUUGCGUAUGCUUGCUGCAGGGCCCAAGUCGACUGAACCAAUACCAGGCGAACCGCAGCGCGUGCCAGGAACCCCAGUGAAGAAGGUCAAGACGUCGCACCUCGUCGAGCGUCCGUGGCAGAGUGCUGUCGCAAACAGGAUCGGCUUUCCCGAGUUCAAUGACCCUUACGAUAGCAGCGGCGGCAAGGAUGGGAAGGGAAAGCCACGGAAGAGUCUCCCUGCGGCCUUCCCGGGACUCAUGACGACUCGCCAACGCAAGGAUGCCUUCAGCCUUGUUGACACAGACGAGGAGACCAGUCCGACGACGAGGAAAGACGGAAAACAUCUAGGUGUUGGACGGCCGCCAGUUCCUCAGCUCCCGAAGACCGUCGACCCGAAGUCGAGAGCGCGGUGGUUGAUGCGAAGGAGCAGCAGUGGCGCUUUUUCCAGUGGGAGUGACACCUCACGGAACGCCACUCCGACGCGACUCCCCGCCAAAGACUGGCAGCUACCCGCGGUCGCACAGCACUCGCCGCUGUCUAAGACGGCGGAGGCUCCUCUUCCAUGUAGCCAAGAAUCAACGUCUAGCGCAGUCUCCGAAACUUCGACGGCGACCAACUCACCAACAGUCGAUGCUGUCGCACGACACUUCCCAACUCUUCCCGAUCAAUCGCCACAACGCCCCCUGUCACACACAGUCCCAAGACCUCCUCGACCGACAGUUUUCCCCGGCUCGGCCAUUCGCGGCCGGCUGUCAAUACCAAGCAGCGAGGAGCGACCGGGCAAGUUCGAACGCGAAUUUGCUGAGAUCGAUGAACUUGGUCGUGGGGAGUUCGGGCGGGUAAUGAAGGCGCGAUACAAGGAGAGUUCCUCUGUCAUGUUUGCUGUUAAGAAGUCGAAGAGAUUCGAAGGUGUCAAGCAUCGUCAACGCCUUCGUGAAGAAGUUGACAUCCUGAAGCACCUCUCGCGAGCAGCAUGCUCUGCGGGAUAUGGUGAUCGCCACCCAAACGUCCUGAGCUAUAUCGAUAGCUGGGAGGAAGAAGAGACGCUAUAUAUUCAAACAGAGCUGUGCGCCCUUGGUAACUUUGCACACUUCCUCUGGGAGUACGGCCGCCACUUCCCCAAACUGGACGAAUCCAGGGUGUGGAAGAUUUUUUCCGAGCUGAGCAGCGGCCUGGACUUCAUCCAUAACGCGGGUGCUAUCCAUCUCGACCUGAAGCCGGCAAACAUCUUCAUCACCGAUGAAGGUCGGCUAAAGAUCGGCGACUUUGGCAUGGCCUCCGUUUGGCCACGCCCUGUUCGUAAGGAUUCCAGUACUAAGCGCGAGUCGUUUGAGCGCGAGGGCGACAAGUUGUAUCUUGCACCCGAAGUUCUUCAGGGUAGAUACGGCAAGGCAGCCGACAUUUUCAGUAUUGGUAUGACCAUGCUGGAGACGGCAACCAACAUUGUCGUGCCUGAUCAGGGCGACGCUUGGCAUCGCAUUCGACACGAUGAUUUCUCUCAGAUCGACUUCGCCAGCAUCUCCACAGAGCUGAUCGAGUUGUUGAAGGGCAUGAUGCGUAGCGACCCAGACCUGAGAGUGGACGCCGGUAUGGUCUGCUCACACCCGGUAAUCGUUCGCGCAAGGCUCUCUAUGGACGAGCUUCGCAAGGAGCUCGGCCCUGUCUUUCACGCAUCAGCCUUGGCAGGUGCUUCAGAAGGGUGGCUAGAGGACAUACUCGGCCAUAAUCCUCUCUGGGGCGGCGAAGAAGACGACGAAGCCAUGGACCUUGGCGUAUAGGCGCCAGUCUACCAUACCUUCCGUGCCGUCACGCCCGGAGGAUCAAAAUAUUAUUUAUCUGUGCCGGGUUCAAGAUUAGGGUGUAUAAGUUCAUCUUGGAAUAAUCUUGGGAUGUACAACAGCUCUUCGUUUCCGCCUUUGGCCUAGCGCCCUGUAAUCGUGCCCUUGCCAUUGGAUUCUGGCCCGGCUGCACCCACAUUUUUGCGGACAUCUUGGUUCCCCACGACUUCUUGCAGCUGUUGACGACCUGCAUUGCUUGAUUACUGUCUUUCUUUGGGCUCCCCAUCGCGUCUUCGCCCCGCAUACCACCGUCCUUGCAUUACCCCACGUUAUCAGCGCAUACAACACAUCACGCUUAAUCCCUGCUCCCUAUACACAUUGCCCAUACCAUCGACCUUGCACUUACCUUUUCGUAUGUAUGACUUCACGUUCCGUUCAUGCCCAUAUUUUUGGCACGUUCAUCUGCCCCCAUGACACUUCAUUUCGACGCAAUUAUGAUCAUUUUCACGGUACUUUAGUUUUUUAUUCUUUCGUGCCACGCAUGCUCCCUUUCUUGGCUCGGUCUUAGGUUCCGAAUACCUCUUGUUUUGUCCCCAUGUUUGUUAUGUGCACUGCAAUCAUCUGUUGUAUAGAAGUUCAACUUUCAGUACCUCUCGUCGUAUAGUACUCAUCACUCUCGCGCUUCUCAUCAGUAGCAAUAACCCAUGUUUGCAUCCAGUCUCUCCAGUACGAUAGUCAAUACAAUCUCGUCUCGUAGCCAAGCUUUUGGAAGCUACCAUAUCGAUGGAGCUGCGCUUUGUGGGCUUCGUACAUCAAUACGAUGCC